CCGCAACCAAUUUAUCACAUCACCAUUCGCAUUCUGUCGGUCCUACCUCGAACCCAUCACCGAUUGCGCAGCUCUGACAACCGAUCUGUCCGACGGCCAUGGACGACUACGAAGCCGAGUUUGCCGAUCACUCUCCUCCUUCGUUCACCCAUCGCGCGGAAAAUGUGAUCAAGGAUCCUCAAGGGUUCAACCCGGGUCUGAUAGUCUUGCUCCUUGUUGGUGGCCUACUAUUGACGUUCCUGGUUGGAAAUUAUGUACUUUAUGUGUAUGCACAAAAGACCCUUCCUCCAAAGAAGAAGAAGCCAGUCUCGAAGAAGAAGAUGAAGAAGGAGAGGCUGAAGCAAGGUGUUUCUGCACCCGGAGAAUAGACAUGGUCGGCCAAUUUGUAAUGCUUCUGCUCUUUAGGCUGAGUUGUUGUGUUCAAAUGUCAUCCUUCUUGUCCCGUACCCUUUUCUUUGAUGUUUUUCUCCUCUCAUCAUACUGGAUUGAAAUUUAGCUACACAAUUUGAUUUUAAGUUAGACCCCCGAUGAUUUGGCAUCUAACUAGGGAGAUAAUGACUUCAGUUGCAAAAAUUCAAAACAUAUUGCACUUUUCUCCAAGACAAUUGUGGUUAUUUUUUUGUUUC